GGCCUUCAUCAAGCAACACCUGAGACAUAUAAUGGCGUCCGAGUCCUUGCGCUAAUAUUCACUUACGUACAGUGUUCGUUCCGUUAAGGACAGCAGGGUAGUCUGACUAUGAAGCGGUCAAAAAACUCAGCUAAACUCCGGCACAAGGAGGAGUUAAACAACCAAUUACGAAGACGCAACAUUUCGCUUUUUAUUCAACAAGUUGAGAAAGAAGCGCAAGAGCGAAUGAAAGAACUGGAGUGCGGACUGGGCAACCUGUUGGCGAAUAUCGAGCAAGUUUUCGAAGUGGAGCUUAUGAAGCUGCCGCCCGCGAUUCGUGAGACACGCCUUGGGGAUUUAAUAACCGGGGAAGAAUUUGCUUCCAGCGAUGUGUCUAUCGCCCCGCAGUCUCCUCAGAUGAACCAGCGGAUUCUCAGGAGUAUGCCCAGCAGAAGAGGAAAGUUAAGAGAUUCUGCUUCAGUUUCAUCUUUGAUACAAAAGAAAUAUGGCAAGAAAUUUGAGGGGGCUGACAAUACAGCCCGAAGCAGGCCCUUGACUGCCACAAUCAGUGCAGGAAAUCUCGGAGCUGCGGCUACCCAGAAAGGACGCCCGCGGACAAAAACCAGUGGCGAGGCCAGGCCAGCCAAACGGAAAAUCAGGAAUGUGGUCUCCACAGGGGAUUUGGACUGCUCAGAAGCCGGAUCUGCCGCCCACAUCACCGUGACCACGGGACAGGGACAGACUAUGUGCUUUUCUGAGGAAAACAAAGACAACGUCAACUUUGACUUGUUGGAUGACGUGGCGUUGCAUCAAAUUCAAAAGCUUGGGAAGAUGAUCGAAUACCUGUCCAGAAAAGGUCGCAGCAAAAAAUGAGUCGCCGCUUCUCUCAACUUAAUGUCUUUUGUUUUGUUUUUAUGGAAUAUUUGCUAUAAUAAAGUUAUUCAUUACUGUA